AUGAUUCCUGCUCGCAUUCUUCUUGUUCAUGGAGCUCUGGCCGAUGGCUCUUCCUGGUCCAAGGUCAUCCCAACCCUCCUUGACGCAGGCCAUAAUGUCACUGCUGUCCAACAACCUUUGACAAGUCUCCCGAACGAUAUCGCCACUGUCAAAGAAGCCAUCCAUACCCUCAACGAAGACAACGACGUGCCCAUUGUUGUCGUAGGACAUUCAUUUGGCGGCUUCGCCAUCACCAACGCUGCUACAGACGAGCCCAACAUCAAGUCUCUCGUCUACGUCAUGGCUUUCGCCCCCGAUGAGGGCGAAACAGUCGCUGAACUUGGCAAGAACUAUACUGCACUUGAAUCCAAUCUUUCUUUUAGAAAUGAUACCGCUGGACGCUUGUACCUCCCUCCCCCAGCCUAUCUGAAGUACUUUGCCCCUGAUGUCGACCGUGACGAGGCGAGGGUCCUCGCGGCUACCCAGGGACCUUUCGACCCGCUGAGAUUUGGACUUCCCUCAGGAAAGCCAGCUUGGAAGCAGGUCAAGAACAAGCACUAUAUCGUGGCGACGAAGGACCAGAUUAUUCAGCCUGAGCUGGAAGAAUUCUUUGCUAAACGAAUUGGUGCUAAGAAGCACACAUUGCGCGGAGCGAGCCAUGCCGGUUUAUGGAGUCGUGGCGAGGAUGUCGCAGACAUUAUCCUUGAGGCUGCUCGAGAGCUUUGA